UCGAACCAGUGAGACCGUUUUGCUUUGAUCCGUUUCAUCUCUUUGAAGGCACUUUCAACGAAAUACACUUUUGCAAAAUGCGCGAAAUUGUGCAUAUACAAGCUGGCCAGUGCGGCAAUCAAAUCGGUGCCAAGUUCUGGGAAGUCAUCUCUAACGAGCAUGGAAUCGACGCUACCGGUUGUUACGUUGGAGAUUGCGAUCUGCAACUAGAGCGGAUUAACGUGUACUACAACGAGGCUACGGGCGGCAAGUAUGUACCUCGGGCUAUCCUAGUCGAUCUCGAACCGGGCACCAUGGAUUCGGUUCGUUCCGGUCCGUUUGGACAGCUGUUCCGUCCAGAUAACUUCACUUUCGGUCAGUCCGGAGCCGGUAAUAAUUGGGCCAAGGGACACUACACCGAGGGAGCCGAGCUGGUCGAUACAGUGCUGGAUGUGAUUCGAAAGGAAGCCGAGGGCUGCGAUUGUCUGCAGGGUUUCCAGUUGACGCACUCCCUGGGAGGUGGCACUGGUUCGGGCAUGGGGACACUGCUGAUCUCGAAGAUCCGCGAAGAAUAUCCGGACCGAAUCAUGAACACAUUCUCCGUGUUUCCUUCACCCAAAGUAUCCGACACGGUGGUCGAGCCUUAUAAUGCCACUCUCAGUGUGCAUCAGUUGGUGGAGAACACGGACGAGAGUUAUUGCAUCGAUAACGAAGCACUCUACGAUAUUUGCUUUCGCACGUUGAAGCUCACCACGCCAACCUACAGUGAUCUCAACCAUCUGGUGUCGGCUGCAAUGUCGGGUGUGACCACAUGUCUACGGUUUCCCGGUCAGCUGAAUGCGGAUUUGCGUAAGCUGGCGGUGAAUAUGGUUCCGUUUCCACGGCUACAUUUUUUCAUGACUGGUUUUGCACCACUUACGUCCCGUGGGGCUCAGCAAUACCGUGCACUUACCGUUCCCGAGCUGACCCAACAAAUGUUCGACGCAAAGAACAUGAUGGCUGCCUGUGAUCCGCGUCAUGGACGCUACCUGACGGUGGCGGCCGUUUUCCGUGGUCGGAUGUCGAUGAAAGAGGUAGACGAACAGAUGAUGAACGUUCAGAACAAAAACAGCGGCUAUUUUGUUGAAUGGAUCCCCAAUAACAUGAAGACGGCAGUAUGUGAUAUUCCACCACGUGGGCUAAAGAUGUCGUCGACUUUUAUCGGCAACUCGACCGCCAUCCAGGAAAUCUUCAAACGGAUCUCUGAACAGUUUACGGCCAUGUUUCGACGCAAGGCAUUCCUCCAUUGGUACACUGGCGAAGGGAUGGAUGAGAUGGAGUUCACGGAAGCGGAAAGCAACAUGAACGAUCUCGUCUCGGAAUAUCAACAGUAUCAGGAGGCUUCGGCUGAGGAUGAAGGAGAACUGGACGAGGAAGAGGAAGGAGGAGAGGACUAG